AUGCUUUCUUCAAUUUCUAAGGUCAGCGCCCGUCAGUUUUCCUCCACUGCCUCUUCUGCCUACAAGGUAGCCAUUGCCGGUGCCGCCGGUGGUAUUGGUCAACCAUUGUCGUUGCUGAUGAAGCUCAACCACAAGGUGACCGAUCUUGCCUUGUACGACUUGAGAAACGCCCCAGGUGUUGCUGCUGACGUUUCGCACGUGCCAACCAACUCUACUGUCAAGGGUUACGGCCCAGAAGACGACGGAUUGGCCCAGGCCUUCUCCAACGCCGAUGUGGUUAUCAUCCCAGCCGGUGUUCCAAGAAAGCCAGGUAUGACCAGAGACGAUCUGUUCAACACCAAUGCUUCUAUUGUCAGAGACCUGGCCAAGGCUGUUGCCGAAUACGCUCCUAACGCCGCUAUCUGUGUUAUUUCCAACCCAGUCAACUCCACCGUUCCUAUUGUUGCCGAGGUGCUCAAGUCCAAGGGUACCUACAACCCAAAGAAGUUGUUCGGUGUUACCACCCUCGAUGUGCUGAGAUCUUCCAGAUUCUUGUCUGAGGUUGUUGGAACUGAUCCAAACCACGAGCCAGUCACCGUUGUCGGUGGUCACUCCGGUAUCACCAUUGUUCCUUUGCUCUCCCAGACCAACCACAAGGACCUGCCAAAGGACAAGUACGAUGCCCUCGUCCACAGAAUCCAGUUCGGUGGAGAUGAGGUUGUCCAGGCCAAGAACGGUGCCGGUUCUGCCACUCUUUCUAUGGCCCAGGCCGGUGCCAGAUUCGCCUCUUCGGUCCUAAACGGUUUGGCUGGUGAGGCCGACGUCGUCGAGCCAACUUUCGUCGACUCUCCUCUCUUCAAGGCUGAGGGUGUUGAGUUCUUCUCUUCGCCAGUGACUCUUGGAACUGAGGGUGUCAAGAAGAUCCAUGCUUUGGGCUCUCUAUCUUCUGCCGAGGAGGAGAUGGUUGCUACUGCCAAGGAGACCUUGAUCAAGAACAUCGCCAAGGGUGUUGAGUUCGUCAAGGCUAACCCAUAA